AAGGGAAGGGCUGAUGAGGAGAGGGGACACGCGAGGAAGUUCAUGGAGUACCAAAACAAACGGGGCGGUCGUAUCGUAUUGCAGGACAUCACCAAACCGGCCAAACAGGACGGGUGGACACCGUUGGAGGCCAUCGAGGCCUCCCUAAAGUUGGAGCGGACCGUCAAUCAGGCGCUUCUGGACCUCCAGGGUAUCGGCGCUAAGACUAACGAUCCGGAGUUCACGGACUUCAUUGAGAGUGAGUUCCUUCACGAACAGGUGGACGACAUCAAGAAACUCGGCGAUCACGUGACUAACUUGAAACGGGUGGGCCUGGGUCUCGGGGAGUACCUCUUUGACAAACAGACCCUGUCCUAA